AUGGCCUUAGUUAAAGUGAUAUAUCUGCUGGUCAGUGAAUUGAACUUAAGGACCAAAAAUAUAGAAAGAAGUAUCCUCUCGUUUCGUACUAUUGGCAAAGCAAGUAGAAAAUAUGGGUUCGCUUGUCCUAUGUCCAAUUUGCGUCGAAGUGCAUCUGCUAGUUUAGCUUUAGAUACCGCUUUUGCCCUCGAAAUUCUUGACUUUACUAUUGAGUUAAAAUUUUUUAUAAGUUAUCCAAAUUCCUUGCAUUUUCUUUAA